GUCCGUGCAUACGCGGAUUCUGUAAAUUAGGGUCAUCGCCACUUCCAAGCCCACUUUUCAUGUCCUAAGGUGCUUUUUUGGGGGCCAAGUUAGAUUCAGCCUCUGCAUUUAGCUAUCACCAGCGGCCAAGUAUAUGCGGGAUAUGACUUGGCACGGGUCCCAAGAACGAAUUGGCGAAUAGGCAGCAAUCACCCACAUGAAUUAGUAGUCGAUGCCCUCUUCCGGAGGCUGUGGUUCGCCUGAGUGGUAACCAUGCCGCGCAGGACACAUAAAAAGUCGCGCAAUGGCUGUCUUGAGUGUAAACGACGCCAUAUCAAAUGCGAUGAAAGGCGUCCGAUAUGUACAAACUGUACAACUUCGGAGCGCUCUUGCGAAUACGCGGAUGUCUUUCGAAGCGUUCCGCGAUCUCGCGCUAGUACUCCAUCAUCUUCCUCCCCAGCAAUUUCUGUGGCAAGGGAUCGACUAUCGGAGUUUUCCGGUCAGAGUUCCGACUCGCUUCCUAAGGAUGCCCCUGUCAACAUGCUACACAUGCAACUCUUACACCACUUGAUGACCGAGACACGAAGCACUUUUAAUGAGAGUUUCUCUGACGCGAUGUUUUCUCCUGAUGUCAUGCACAUGUCCAUGUCCUCUCCGUAUCUCAUAAAUGAGAUGCUGGCCAUCAGUGCCCUACAUAUGAGCAUCUUGCGUCCAGCAGACCAGGACUUUUAUCGUCACCAGGCAGCACAACUCCAAACGCAUGCAUUGACAAUUUUCAACAGCAUGGAACUUGAAGUGAAUCAGGAGACCUGUGUCCCACUCUUUCUCUUUUCCGGUCUUCUUAAUGUGCAUAUGCUCUGUGAUAGUUUGAACUUCAGAGACCAGGACUUUGAUCAAUUUCUGAGCCAACUUGUGAGUAGUUUCCGACUGCACCGUGGCGUCCGUGCAAUCACCACAAAUUCAUGGGGCAUGCUUCGUGACUCCCCACUAAAGCCAAUAAUACUGGACAGUGAGACACGGUUUUCAAGGAGUACCGGACCCAACCCCGAAUGUGUAAGGCUCUUGGAUCUCAUUGAAGCCUCCAGCUUAGACCCCUCUAUCACCAAUACCUAUAAGGAGGCGAUAGAGGCAUUACAACACGCGAUGAUUGCGUGCUUGCUUGACAAGCAGGAUACUCAGGCCAGCGAGAUCACUGCCUGGCCGGUGCUUGUUUCUCCUGAAUACAUUGAUCUCUUAAUGCUGCGGCGUCCAGAGGCUCUUGUGGUGCUGGCGUAUUACGCUGUUUGUCUUCAUUUACGGCGUUACGUAUGGGUUUUUGGGGAUAGCGGCCGAUUCUUGAUUGAAUCCAUUGCCGAAUACCUGGGAACAGAUUGGGCUGAAUGGCUGGAUUGGCCAGUGCGAACAUUGAAAGGCCGUCACCAAGGCACUGCAACGAACUAAUAGGACAUUUUAAGAGAAUCAUUAACAUGGAUGCCCUGAUUGGUCGAGAUGAGAUCCGAUCCGAUCGCGAUCCUUACAAUCUAGCCGAAUGGAGGCUAGUCUUACUGUCUGUCACCUGCACGCUUUCCCCUUUGGGUCGUUCUCUGAUUUGCCGAUGAAUAGAUUGACUGGAAGUAUUACUAGUAUCAAAACCUAGAUAUUGC